CCCAAACCGAACAACCACCGGUUUAGGCAGCAACACUCUUCAACCCCCCGCCCCACUACGUGCCCCAAAUCCGGCCUGCCCUCUACCUCGGCACGCCUGUUGAACCCGCACCCAAAAAAACCGGCAUUUCCCCCGCCCCCGGCGCCCCCGCAGACGACCCCAAUCGCCCCCUCUGCCGCCCACCCCUUACCCACCAGCCCGGCCCCUACCAGCCCCACAAGUCCGCUUUUUUUGCAGCCACAUCCCCCCGCGCCAUGGACAUCGCCAAUCUCUUGGAGACCGCGUUGAUGUCGCCCGACGCGGGCUCGCGAAACGCCGCCGAGCGGCAGUUGGCGGACCUUGCCGAGCACUCGUUUGCCCAGUACAUGCGCUACUUGGCCGAGAUCUUGGGCAGCGGCGCCAAGCCGCAGGUGCGCAUGUUGGCCGCCUUGGGCAUCAAGAACCAGCUCACGCUGAAGGACCUGCGCAAGCGCCACGCCCAGCAGGCGCGCUGGGUGCAGUUGGACGGCGAGCUGAAGGCCGCCAUCAAGGCGCAGGCCGUGCGCGUGUUGUUGAGCGACGACCAGGAAAUGACCACGUCCAUCUCGCAGGUGGUGUCGGCCAUCGCGCUCGUGGAGUUGCCGCGCAACGAGUGGCCCGAGUUGCUCCCGGUCAUCACGGAGCACACCAAGACCGAGCAGCCGGUCAGCGUCAAGCGCGCGUGCCUCUUGGCCAUCGGCUACAUCUGUGAGAGCGCGGACGCCAGCGACCCGCAGCUCCUCGCGCAGCUGAACGGCAUCUUGAUUGCCAUCGUGCAAGGCGUGCAGGCCACCGAGCCGUCGGUGGCGGUGCGGCUCACGGCGCUCAACGCGUUGAUCUACUCGUUGCUGUUCAUCAAGCUCAACUUCCAGCGCGAGGGCGAGCGCAACUUCAUCAUGCAAGUGGUGUGCGAGGCCACGCAGGCCGCGGACCCGGAGCUCCAGGCCGCCGCGUUCGCCUGCCUUGCCCGCAUCGUGCAGUUGUACUACCAACACAUGUCCGUGUACAUGGAGAAGGCCUUGUACGCGUUGUCCAUCGCCGGCAUGCAGAGCACCAGCGACAGCGUGGCGUGCAUGGCCAUCGAGUUCUGGUCCACCAUCUGCGAGGAGGAGUUUGAGAUCGCCUUCCAGCUCCACGAGUUGAGCGAGCGCGGCGAGCAGCCGCCGCCCGACGUCGUCUCCUACAACUUCACCCUCCUAGCGUGCAGGGACGUCUUGCCCGUCUUGUUGACCUUGUUGACCAAGCAGAACGACGACCCGGACGACGACGACUGGUCCGUGGCCAUGGCCGCGGGCUCCUGCUUGCAGCUCUUCGCCACCACCACCGGCAUGUACGUCGUCGAGCCCACCUUGAGCUUCUUCGCCGCCAACAUCGCCCUGCCCGAAUGGCGCAACCGCGAGGCCGCGGUCAUGGCCUUCGGCUCCAUCUUGGAGGGCCCCGACGUCGACAACUUGAAGCCCGCCAUCCAGGAGGCCAUCAAGCCCAUCAUGGGCUUGAUCUCCGACCCCACCGUGCAGGUCAAGGAGACCGUCACCUGGUGCUUGGGUAAGAUCGCCGAGGUCGCGCUCUCCGCUUUGGACCUCGACUCCGACUUGGAGCCCUUGUUGCAGGCCUUGUUGCUCGGCUUGAGCGACCACCCGAAGGUCUCGGUCAACUGCUGCUGGACCUUGAUGAACCUCCUCGAGCAGCUCUGUAUGGAUGCGCAGCUGCAGGAAUCCUCCGUGAUGUCCAAGUACUACCAUACUUUUGUCCCGGCGCUCGUGCAGCUCUCGGGCAAGGAGGACAACGAGUUCAACUCCCGCGCGUCCGCCUACGAAGCCUUAUCGGCCUUUGUCACAUACAGUGCCAAUGACUCCAUGCCCAUCAUCCAGCAAAUCGCCACCGAGGUCCUCAGCAGGUUAGAGGCCACAAUUGCUAUGCAGCUGCAGUCCUUCGGUUCCGAGGGCAGAGCGUCUUUGGAAGAGUUGCAGAUCAAUCUUUUGUCCUUGUUGACCACGACCAUCAGAAGACUCAGCAGCGAGGUCCAGGGAGCCUCCGACAGCUUGAUGACCAUGUUCAUCAAGCUCUUGGACUCUCAGGAACCCAAUGCUUUGAUCGAGGAGGACAUUUUCAUUGCUAUUUCUGCAGUGUCUGGUGCCGUCGGGCCUGACUUCUUGAAGUACAUGGACUCGUUCGUUCCCUACUUGACCAAGGCAUUAAGAAACGUCCUGUCGCCCACUUGUGUUACGGCGGUCGGUUUCAUUGCUGACUUGGCGCAGUCCCUUGGACACGCUAUCGCCCCCUUCUUGGAGGGCUUGAUGUCCAUCUUGGGUGAGGACCUCAACGAUAAGGACGGCAAGCGCGAAUUGAAGCCGGCCAUUUUGUCUUGCUUCGGCGAUAUUGCUGGUGUGAUUGGCGAAGGUUUCAUGCCCUACAUGGAAGUUGUCAUGCAAAUCUGCUCGCAACUCUCUACAAUUGUGCCCGAGGACAGUUCCUAUGAUUCGCUUGAGUACGUCAUAUCUGUCAAAGAGGCGGUCUUGGACUGCUACGUGGGUAUUGUGAGCAGUCUAAGCUCCAACCAACAGCAGUUGUUCAUGUACCUUGGACCUAUCUUCCAGUUGAUCGAGCAAAUCUCGGGAGACGUAGAGAUGUCUUCCAACGAAUCGACGGCCAGAUCUGCUGUGGGCUUGUUGGGUGACAUCGCGGCCAUGUACCAGGACGGCCAGUUGAAAAACUAUUACGACCAACCAUGGGUGACACCGUUCAUCAAGAAGACCAGGGCCAACAUCUCUUUCACGCAACAGACCAAGGACGCAGCCAGAUGGGCGAGAGACCGCCAGAAGCGCCAUAUCGGCUAGUGUGCGUGCAGGCGGCUGCAGCUACCAAGGUGCUCUUGACACUGGAACAACCUUCGGGCGGCACCAGUUAUGCCAUUGCCCGACCCAAUGACGAUCACGCAAGCAUGCGCGCCGCCCCUGUUGGUGGUGUUGACGCUUCACAUUCGACUUAUUUAAAUCCGUGGGCCCCCACGGUACUCCUCACCUCUACAUAUAUUACUCUCCAUCUCUCAUUCCUCUUGCCUCUUUUCUCUCAUCUCUUUUCUCUCAUCUCAUUUCUCUCAUCUCUUGCAUCUCAAACCCGGACGAUCUCCGCAGGUUCUUCUCUAAGUGAUUCCUCAUCAGACUAAGUAAUAGUAUGACCAAUACACGCAUAUCUCUGACCCA